GGGGCGGCUGGAGCAGUUCCCUCUCAGGCGGCGCCAUUUUGUGCGAGGAGCCGAGAUCCUAGCGGCCCGGUUCUGUGUGAAGUGGGCAGCCGAGCCAGGGUCCCUGGAAUGGCGGAGACUCUAUCAGGCCUAGGCGAUUCGGGUGCGGUGGGCGCAGCGGCUCUGAGCUCCGCCUCGUCGGAGACGGGGACGCGGCGCCUUAGCGACCUGCGGGUGAUCGACCUGCGGGCGGAGCUGAAGAAACGGAACCUGGACUCCAGCGGCAACAAGAGCGUUUUGAUGGAGCGCCUGAAAAAGGCAAUUGAAGAAGAAGGGGGUAACCCUGAUGAAAUUGAAAUUACUUCGGAAGGAAACAAGAAAACAUCCAAGCGGUCCAGCAAAGGGCGGAGAGCGGAAGAAGAAGGUGUGGAAGAUAAUGGACUGGAGGAGAACUCUGGGGAUGGGCAGGAGGAUGUUGAGACCAGUCUGGAGAACCUGCAGGACAUUGACAUGAUGGACAUCAGCGUGCUGGAUGAGGCCGAAAUCGACAAUGGGAGUGUGGCGGACUGUGACGAGGAUGCUGACACCCUCCCGGAGCCCCUGGCCGACAGCCGAGAGCUGGUUGAAGGCGAGAUGAAGGAGCUUCCCGAGCAGCUCCAAGAUCACUCGGAGAUGGAGGACAAGGACACAAUAAACAAUUUAGAUACGUCGCCAUCUGAUUUCACCAUAUUACAGGAAAUUGAAGAGCCGUCCCUGGAGCCAGAAAAUGAGAAAAUACUCGACAUUUUGGGGAAAACUUGUAAAUCUGAGCCAGUAAAAGAAGAAGGUUCCGAGCUGGAGCAGCCAUUGGCACAGGACACAAGUAGCGUGGGGCCAGACAGGAAGUGUGCGGAGGAAGAGGACCUUUUUGUCAGCGCUCACCCGGAAGAGGAGGAGCAGGAGCAAGAGGAGGAGAAGGAAGGUGCUUUAGCUGUGGCCAGCGAGUCCACAGACGCUCAGUGGAGCAAGGCAGACACCCUGUUAGCGGUAGUGAAAAGGGAGCCCGUGGAGCAGACGGGCGACGGCGAGAGGCCGGACUGUGAGCCCACGGGGCUAGAGAAGCCAGUUGAGCAGAGUAGUAAAGGCCCCGAAGACGCGGAGGCCUCGGGCCAGGAGGCGGCGACAGAAGCUCUCCAGGAAGACUCAAGCGCUGAGCCCCAAGAUAGCAAAGAAGACGUGAAGAAGGGGGACCUGGAAGCUUGUAAUGAAGCCCCCCCAGCUCCCAAAGAGUCCUCCGCCAGGGAGGGCGCUGAUCAGAAAAUGAGUUCUGGCGACGAUGACUCGGAUGCAAAACGCCUUUCUAAAGAGGAAAAGGGUCGGAGCAGUUGUGGUAGGAAUUUCUGGGUCAGUGGCCUUUCUUCUACCACCAGAGCUACAGACUUGAAGAAUCUCUUCAGCAAGUAUGGAAAGGUUGUGGGUGCCAAGGUUGUGACCAAUGCUCGGAGCCCCGGGGCUCGCUGCUACGGCUUUGUCACCAUGUCUACUGCCGAGGAGGCCACAAAGUGCAUCAGCCACCUCCACAAAACGGAGCUCCAUGGGAAGAUGAUCUCCGUGGAGAAGGCCAAGACGGAGCCUGCGGGCAAGAAAGCCUCCGACAAGCGAGAGGGCGAGGGCAAGAAGGACAAGUCUGGUGCCAGUGACAGAUCUGGAAACCUCAAAAGGGAUGACAAAGGUGACAGGAAGGAUGAGGCAAAGAAGGGCGAAGAAGGAAGCGGGGAAAAGGGUAAAGAUCCAGAUGAUCCGAAUUCCGGCCCCCCUGAGCGAUCUCGAAUCACCAAGUCAGGGAGCCGAGGUACUGAGCGGACCGUUGUCAUGGAUAAGUCUAAAGGUGUGCCCGUCAUCAGUGUGAAGACCUCAGGCUCCAAGGAGCGAGCUUCCAAGAGCCAGGACCGCAAAUCUGCCAGCAGAGAGAAGCGCUCGGCUGUGUCCUUCGAUAAAGCCCGGGAACCGCGCAAGUCCAGAGACUCAGAGUCCCGGAGGGUGCGUGAGCGCAGUGAGCGGGAGCACCGCAUGCAGACGCAGUGGGAGCUGGAGGAGCGGGAGCGGCUGGAGAUUGCCCGCGAGAAGCUGGCCUUCCAGCGGCAGAGGCUGGAGCGCGAGCGCUGGGAGCGGGAGCGGCUGGAGCGCGAGCGCAUGCACGUGGAGCACGAGCGCCGCAGGGAGCAGGAGCGCAUCCACCGCGAGCGCGAGGAGCUGCGGCGCCAGCAGGAGCUGCGUUAUGAGCAGGAGCGGCGGCCUGCUGUGCGGAGGCCCUACGACAUGGAUGGCCGGCGUGACGAUGCCUACUGGCCAGAAGCCAAGCGGGCUGCCCUGGAAGACCGCUACCACUCUGACUUCAGCCGCCAGGACCGCUUCCACAGCUUCGACCACCGCGAUCGAGGCCGUUAUCCUGACCACGCGGUCGACAGGAGAGACAGUUCGAGGUCAAUGAUGGGAGACAGAGAAGGGCAGCACCCCUCAAGUCCUGAGACCUCCUUCCUGCCCUGCCCCUUUGACCACCAGCACUACCACGAGCGCCAUGGAGGGCCCGAGCGCCAUGGCCGGGACUCUCGAGACGGCUGGGGUGGCUACGGCUCCAACAAGAGAAUGAGUGAAGGCAGGGGCCUGCCGCCGCCUCCCAGGGGCAGACGUGACUGGGGGGAGCACAGCCGGAGGAUGGAUGAGGACCGUGCCUGGCAGGGCGGUGCCGAGGGUGGAGUGAUGGACAGGGACCACAAGAGGUGGCAAGGUGGAGAGAGAAACUUGUCUGGCCACUCUGGGCCGGGCCACAUGAUGAGCCGGGGAGGCAUGUCGGGGAGGGGCGGCUUUGCCCCUGGUGGAGCCUCUCGGGGGCAUGUGAUGCCACGUGGCGGGAUGCAGGGAGGAUUCGGAGGCCAGACCCGAGGGAGCAGACCCAACGAAGCCCGCUUCACCCGCCGCUACUAAUGCUUCCCGGCUCGCCCAUGCCUGCAGCUGCCGCCGCCCCCAGGAAACCUUCCCCAUGUACAAAUGCCGUUUGUUUUUUAUCUGCUGCCAUAUUGUAGCUUGAUACAAUGUGAAUUUGGGUUUUCUUUUUGUUUUGUUUUUUUGUAAUAAAUGUGUCUGUUCACGUACCUUUA